CCCCAGGCGCCCGCGGGCCCCGCUCCUGCCCUGGCCCGGCUACCUGCGCAGGGUGGCGCCCGCCGCCCUCUCCACCGCCCUGGACGUGGGCCUCAGCAACUGGAGCUUCCUCUACAUCACCAUCUCCCUCUACACGAUGACCAAGUCCUCAGCCGUGCUCUUCAUUCUCUUCUUUUCACUGGUCUUCAAGCUGGAGGAGCCGAGGGCGGCGCUGGUGCUGGUGGUGCUGCUGGUGGCCGGCGGCCUCUUCCUCUUCACCUACCGGGCAACGCAGUUCGAGGCAGAGGGCUUCCUGCUGGUGCUGGGGGCCUCCUUCUUGGGCGGCGUCCGCUGGACCCUCACACAGAUGCUCCUGCAGAAGGAGGAGUUGGGGCUCCAGAAUCCCAUCGACACCAUGUUCCACCUCCAGCCGGUCAUGUUCCUCGGCCUCUUCCCGCUCUUUGCUGCCUUUGAAGGCCUGCCCUUGUCCUCGUCGGAGAAGCUGUUCCGUUUCCAUGAGGUGGGGGUGCUCCUGGGCCUCCUCGGGAAGCUGGCCCUGGGGGGCGUGCUGGCCUUUGGGCUGGGCUUCUCCGAGUUCCUCUUGGUGUCCAGGACCUCCAGCCUCGCCCUGUCCAUCUCUGGGAUUUUCAAGGAAGUCUGCACUCUGCUGCUGGCGACUCAGCUCCUGGGGGACCGCCUGAGCCUCCUGAACUGGUGUGGCUUCGCCGUGUGCCUCCUGGGGAUCUCCCUGCACGUGGCGCUGAAGGCCCUCGGCCCCAGAGGGCCCAGGGGGAUGAAGCCACGCAAGGAGCCCGGCUCCGGCUCCGGCUCCGACCUGGACCUGCUCCUGCUGCACCAUGAGGAGGAAGGGGGGGAGGCCGAGAGUUCCCCCCAGCGCUGAGCCACCCGCUCCAGGAGCUCCGCUAGAGAGGGCUCUCUGGCAACGCUCCCCCACAGCGAGAGGUGCCCCGGCCCCGUGCUGGUUUCCCUGGGAGA